UCUGGGUGAAUCAAGCUGAAUAGAGUGAAUCAUCCGCGGCGGAGGCCAGAGAAGGGAAAUCGCAGUGGACAGCAAUUAAGGAGCUGCCAGUUUCCACCAGGCCUGUCCCACUGUGCCACUUAAAUGAGUCAAGACCGCCGGGUAUUUCGCACGUUUUGCUGCUCGACAGGCUUACGGUUUAGCUUUUCUUCUGCAGAUCUGCAGAUUCUUCUCAUCAUCAUCGGGGCUGAUGACAAGUGCGGUCUGCAAUUGUGGUUUCUCUUUGUCUGGGCUUCUGGGCUUUGUAUCCAUCGCUUGGUUCCACAUUGCUUCCAGCUGUGACGUCAGACAGACGGGGCUAAUUUUAUUUUUAUCAAUGUGUUCACUGGUGUGCUCCCCGAUAUCUCUCUGCCACAGAGUUUCAGUAGAGACUCUCCCUGGGUCUCGGGUUUCUCUGCUUGAAUUUUUCGCUGGGGCAUCGCAUGCGCAGCCGUUGGAGCUCCUCAGUUGGAAUUCAACUUGCGAACUGAGCGCAACGCGCGUUUCACUCAAAAACACAAAUAAUAUAUACUACGCAAAACCUCUUUUGUUUACGUGCGUGUGUGAAAAAGCAGCGCUGAAUAUAUUCGACUAAUAAUACAACAAAUAAAUCAGCGGCAAACGGUUAUUAUCAAAAUAUGGCUAUACCGCCACCACCGGGACCACCGCCGCCGCCAGGACCUCCACCGCCUCCGGCGAUGGGUGGCCUUAAAUUGGGCGGCGGAGGAGGGGGAGCAGAUGUUCGAUCUGCCCUGCUCAGCUCGAUCCAGAAGGGAACCAAGCUGAAGAAGACCACCACGGUGGACAAGAGUGGGCCGUCGCUGUCUGGCAAGGUGUGUGGAGGAGAGGUGGGUGGAGGAGUUGGGGCCAAGCGGACCCUUAACAACAACACCAGCACCAGCAACCACAACAAUGGCAGCAGCAGCAAUGGCCUUGGCAAUGGCACCCCCAAAUUGGGAGGUCUGUUCGAAGGCCUCUCGCAAAUGCCAAAGCUGAAGCCCGUGAACGGCAUUCGCGCCGCGCCAUCCGCCGGUUCAGCAGCAACAACGACAUCGAGGUCCACAACGAACUCGGCGACUCAGCAGCGGAGCAAUAGCCCCCCAGCCGCGGCGACCGCCUCGAGUGCCAGCAACGGACCCAUGGACUUUAACACGGAGCUCACCAAGCACUUAACGUUGAAGCGCCAAAAACAGCAACAGCAGCAACCACAAGCACAGGCGCCGGCAAACAACACACAUAUCAAUGCAACAGAAGCCAAUCUGAGAACAAAUCGGGGACCACCACCACAACCGCCAAAGCCAACCAGCUCAAGUGACUCGAUCUUGGAGCGCAUGAACAUCCCCCGCACAGCGCCGACCCCCUCCUUCGCCGCCAAUUCGAGUGUCAAAGCGGCAUCGCCCACGCUUUCGGACAGCGGCAGCAACAGCAGCGGGAGUGGAGGUGGAAGCGUCAAGAGCAAGGCGGCCAACCUAAAUAUCUCGUUAGGAAAUAGUUUUGUAAAUAGUUCAAAAACAACCACGAGUGCCUCGACCACGUCGCUGAACUCCAGUCAAACGUCAUCGACGGGAUCGCUGGGCAAGCUGGCGCCCAAUAAAUCCACAUUGUUCGGUGCUAGCGGUGGUUCUAGUUCCGGGUUAGGUUCUGGUGGUGGUUAUGCAUCUGUGCAGAAGUCUUCGACGCCAUCGACGGCCGACAGCACGCCAGCGGUCACGCCCACACCGCCCCCGCUGCAGCAGAACAUGAAGCCGGCCAUCGGCUUUGGCAAGCCCAAUUUCGCUCCAAAGCCACCAGGCCUGAAUCAACUGGCGCUGGCCAACGGACAGCAGCGUCCGGCGGUGACCAGGCACCACAGCAUGAAGUCGCCCAGAUCUCCGCCCGCGGCAGGCAGUGUCAACGGUCCUGUGUUCCCCACCCAGCAGCAUUUGGGCACAAUGCGUGGCCCACUGCAGUUCCACAGUGAAUCCGGCAGCCACAACACCAGCGCCGGCAGCAUGAGAUGUGCCCCCAACCCACCAAAGUCUCGCCCAUCGGUAAAACCCCCGCCACCGCCCACGCCAGCCCGCAGUUUCUCCAACAGCAACCUAAAUAAUAUCGGCGGAUCGGCGCCAUUCAGUGCUGUGAACACGACUCUGGUCCAGAGCUCAGCCAUUACCACGCAGGCUUCGCCGCCCAUUACGCAGCCACCCUCGUCCUCCAGCAGCAGCAGCAGUGUGGCCGCCCUUCGCGACCAGUUCCGUGUGGGUGCUGGAAUGUCCAAUGGGGCACCAUCGCCCCCUCUCCCGCCGACCCCCGCUCCCACCUCCAAUUCAUCCUCGGCCACCGCCAGUCCCAAAUCGUUGCUGCGCGACAAUGUCAAACCAAUUAUCCUCAAUGGGGGUCCUCUCAAUCCGCCGGCGCCGCCACCACAUCGUAGCUGCCCACCUCCGCCGCCUCCACAGAGACAAUCGAGCAAUGAAAGAGUGAGGUGCUGGACGUGCAAGACGACGUGCUGGGAAAGGCAGAUAAUCUUAAUAGAACGCGAAGAGAAGCACUGUGGCCAGUCAGUCAAGGUUAUCAAAAUGCUGAUGCUUAACAGCAAGCGCAACGGCGGUUCCGGAUCAGGAUCUGCGCCAGUUCCACCACAGCGUCACUCCUCGAUUAGGCCCAACGCCCCUUCGACGCCACCCACGCACAUGGCCAAUGCCUCGCAUCAGUUUGGCAGCAGCUCGGGAUUGUCGUUGGGAUCGGGAGGAGGAGCUGGAGCCAGCGUGGGUCGCCUGGUCAACGACUUGGAGACCAAGUUCGGCAAGCGAUUCCACAACGUCACCGAGUUCCCCAAGCCGCCGCCGUUUCUAAAUAUACAUAAAGUGUAUCCUAGUCGCACGUUUAAGGCCACCAACGCGCCUGGAAACAGCAAUGUAAACAACAACAACAGCUCGGUGGCCAGCAACAAUAAUACGACCACGACUCCCAAUCCUGGAGGGUCAGGAGGAGCAGCUCCCGUGUUGAAGCCGGCAUAUGCACCACUGAAGAAGAACCGGGCACCUGCACCACCGCCUCAAGCAGGCGUGGCAGCCGCCACAGUGUCAGUUAUCCGGCAGUCAAGUUUCCUCUACGGCGGAGCAGCAGGUGGUUCCGGGGGCUCCUCCAGCAUACGACCACAAUCCCAGCCGGCGGGGAUUGGGCCACGAAACUCCACCGUCUACUGAACCGAUUGAGGCGGAUAAUGGACUAAGCCUAGUGUUUGUUUUGUAUAUAAGUGUGCAUGUGGAGUGUGUUUGUGGCCUCGUUGUUGUUGUGUUGUGUGCGGAAGUGUUAUGUGCCACAGGCAAUUGUUCAAAAUGUCAAAGGAAAGUGCGUAGAAUAAACCAAACACAAUGGCACACUCAAAACCCCAAAGAGAGCUGGAAGGAUAGGGGAAGUGCAAUCUUAAAAAUACCCGAAAAUUCGUUGGCGUCUUCCCAGGCUGCACUUAAAUAGUUAAAGCAGAUAAUGAAAUAAACCCCACUCAAAAAUUGUAUAUAGAACUAGCACCAAGUUAGUGAAAUUAUCAAGCAGCAUCUAUACCUUUUAUACGCGAGGGUAAAUGAUUGUAUGUACUUUUAGGAGCGCGCCUCUUUGCAUAAAUAUCUUACUAGACUGAACAUGUUAAAGCCCAACAGCAACAAUUAAUUAAUGUAAUUAUAUACGAUAUAUAGAAUCGAUUACUGUACGACUUAAUCCCCUAGAGCAAUACACACACAAGAGAAAGAUGUUAACAAUGCAAUAUUCAAGCACAACCGAGAGCAUUUCAACGAAUCUCGCCACAUUCCAUUUUUAGAUUUCUUUAGUUAAAUGUGCAAUACGAGUGUUCGUGUGAUAAUCUCCAAAGUAUUUAGGUAUUUAUCUAUCAUCUGUGGUUUGGUAAACGUUUGUUAAACUCCUUUUUGGGCAAUAACUAUUGGAAAUGAACAUAAUACACAUUAAUAUUAUUGUUCUUAUUAUUAAAUUCAAUCAUUGUUGUUGGACUUGGUGUCAUUAGAAGUAUUAUUCAGCAAUUGCAUAACAUUUUAUUCCGAAUCAAAAUCAUUGCAGUUAUAAAUAAAAUUACGAAGUCAUUCAAAAAUUGA